UUCUAGUCUUUGAGUUUGUGGGAAGUGGAUCAGAUCGAGAAUUGCUCAAGUGGUUAGCUUGGAGUUUUGGGUUUUUUGUUAAGUCAUGGAAACAAGCAGAGAGUGCAUGAGAAUUUGCGUUCUUCUUCUCUAUUUGACUGCAGCAACUAUUUCCUUCACUCAAUGUGAUGCAAGAAAAUCACAUAGAUUACUAAAGGGUCUUACAAAACCCCCUCCAACCCAUCACAGAAGUCUGUUUCUCAGAACGGCAAAGAAGUUGAAUUUAGUAAAGCGCAUUGAGUAUAACCCAUUUGGUUCAUCAAAGCAACAAAACCAAGAACCCUAUGGUUUGAAUUCACCACUUUCAUUGCCACCUUAUGAUUCACUAGCUCCACUUUCCUUGCCUGAUCCAAAUGCUCCUCCAUUUUGUACUUACCCACCCAACACUCCACAAACCCCCUCUACAACUACUCCAACACCCACCACAUCAUCACCCCCAAGCCCACAAUCACCUUAUCUUUACGUUCCACCAAUUCUUCCCACGCAAAGCCCACCACUAGUCCCAAUAGGCACUAUCCCAGGCCCACCACAAUCUAUCUCCGUACCUGGGCCGCCGGAGUCUAUACCGAGUCCGACCAUCUACUUCCCAGGCCCACCGCAAUCUAUCCCGACCCCUAAUCCACCCGAAACCGUCCCAAGCCCACCGGAUUACGAGCCCAGCCCGCCAGAUUUUUCUAUUCCAAGCCCGCCUUCUUUCGUCCCAUCUCCUUCCUAUGGGUUCCAACCAAGCCCACCAGUGUUCGAACCCCCUGUUGUGUUCCCUCCACCAACCACUCCGCCGAGUCCAAAGAAAGGCCCGACAGCGGCCCUUUGGUGCGUGGCCAAGCCGUCGGUGCCCGACCCAAUCAUCCAAGAAGCCAUGAACUACGCUUGCGGGUCUGGAGCAGAUUGUGAUGCCAUUCUGCCCAAUGGGACAUGCUUUGAGCCCAACACAUUGUAUGCCCAUGCUUCGUUUGCCUUCAAUAGUUACUGGCAAAGGACCAGGGUUGCUGGUAGCACCUGUUCGUUUGGAGGAACAGCCAUACUAGUCACAGUUGAUCCAAGUUAUGAUGGGUGCCGGUUUGACUAUUAUUGAUCACAAUCACAAAAGCAGAUCUCUUCUUCUUUCCCUUUCCCUUUAACUUUCCCAUUUCUUAGUACGCAGGGUACACAAUUUCGUAUAUGUAACCAGAAUAUGAACAGGAAUUUUGUAAGUAAAAUGUAGAUUUAACUCUGGUUGUUCACAAGGUUAUAGAUUUCAAUAAUCUUGUGUUAUGGUGA